AUGCAUAGCAAUAGCAUACCAGAACCACUCUCUCGCCUGCCCCCAAUCCCCCUCUCCUCCCAGCAGGAUCCGGCUUGCCUGCUCCUUCCCCAUGCUCCCAUCCGUGCUCCCACCGGCGCGCGACCAUGCUCCAUCGCGAUUCUCGAGACCCAUCUUCCCCGUGCACAAGAAUUCAAACGGAGGAUCCUUACAUCUCCCCCCUUGGCGGAAUGGCGUGCGUUGUCCCCUCACCCAAUCUCGCGCUUCAAUCUCAGCCCGGCCGUCGACGCUCUCCUCCUCCGCUGCCGCUGCCGCUGGAGGAGAGCGUCAUCACGGUCGCGCGUGAGCGUCGAUCUCAGUUCAGCAUCGUCGCGGUUGCGCGUGAGACCCAUCACAGCACAGGCAUUCAAACCACUGGAGGAUCCUCACCAUCUCCCUGGAGUCGGCGGCAUGGCGUGCACUGUCCCCUCACUAUCACGCUUCAAUCUCAGUCCGGCCGUCGAGGCUCUCCUUCCCCGCUGCCGCUGGAGGAGAACUUCAUCAGGCCCAGCAAAGAGAGAUGACAGCGAUGAUGAACAUACAGCUGCUGUUCCCUCGGUCUCACUUUUUCACUCACACGUGAAAUAUCUGAAGCUGAGGAGGGAGCUACGUUUUGUGCCCUCUCUUGGUUACAUGAGCGAAGAUAGUGCUUUGGCUCAAUUUUGCCCGCUGGGAAUGCUGAUAUUAUGCUUUGGAACCCCUCUUGACUGAC